AUGAGACGCCUGCACACGGCCUACCCCAGCGCACCACCCUAUUCCGAAUCACAUGCACGCUUCUGGCUUGAAUAUUUUACUCCAUCUCCAUCUCCAUCUCGCGUGGCUAGGGUAACUUCCCGGGAAGCAAGGGGCCUCAAUAGUUUUGGGAUAUUAGUCGCGCAGGGGAAGUACGAUAUACACGGGUUAGAAGCAGCGUACCUCGCACAGGUAUCGGGGGACGAGGGAGGAGAGGGAGCGAUUUCUGGGGGAGUUAGAGAGGCGGAUGGUGCAGAGAGGGAGAAUAGCAAGGAGAGGGCAGGGAGGUGGGUGAGGGAGGCCUUGGGGAUCAUGGAACUGUAUCUACGCGAAUGGCAGGGCGUGGGGCCUAGUGCAGAGGAGAGGGGGAAGAUGCUACGGCGGAUUCUGGUGGAGAAUGCACAGCUCUUUGCACACUGGAGGGUCUCACCUAUUUCGAAGCAGUUCACUUUUGAGCUGGAGUAA